CUGAAGAACUCAUAGAAGAUAUCAAUGACAUAUUUGAGCCAAUAAAAGGCACCCUAGAAGGCUGCUUUACGGCUCUGUUCACUGAUCAGAUUCCAACUUCUGUUCUCAUGAUGGAAUUUCCAAAACUUCGUGUGGUAGGUAGUUUCUAUCUCGAUGAAGAUGGUUUAGAUAUGGCAUGGCUACACUGGCCUAUGAUGAGGAAUGUCAGAACACUCGUUAUGUUCGAUACUUUGACAACGGCUUAUUGGGAAGAAGCCUUGGAAUUAGCUGGAGUUAAGGCUUUUCGGACAGUACCAAAUCUUAAACACAUCAUCUUUGUAAGUCAAUUUGAUGAUGAUAUGAGUCCUGAACUAGUCAAGGCCUUCAAAACGCGCGGAGUCCAUUGUCACUGUGUACCAUCCUUACCGUAUGACGAAAUCAUGGAGUUGGAAUCUAAACUCAAUGACCCAUGUGACGGACCGAAAACACAGUCGGAUUGUCUUCCCGGCGGUUCCUAUUGGACGUAUAGGCCUCUUGAACUUUGAAUAGUCAGAACUCAUACUAUAAAAAUAUUCCUGUGUGCUCUUGCUGCUGGUGCAAGAGUUGUCAUACUUGGGCAUCAAGUAUCCAAUUGGAUGCUGCGGUGCAAGUAGCCUCUCAAGUACCCGUUCAGUAUCAAGAUAGUAACAAGUGUACUAUAUUUCUGUGGGGUGUUCAUUCUCAGGUGCUGAAAGGAUGAGUUUCAGCGAGCUUGAUACUU